AUGAUUUCGCGCAGCAUCGCACCGCUCGUGCGCUCGGCGCUGUCCAUCCGCCCCACCCCAGCGAUGGCUGCGUCUACGUCCACGUCGGCUCUGCGUUCACUCUCUGGCGCGUCUCGACCUACCAACUUUACGCCGAGGCGAAGGCCACUUUGCGACCGUACACUCCUGCAGCCAAACGCAUGCACAUUCGUGCAUCGCCGCGCGCUGGCGACGCAUAGCACCUCCACGCCGCCAUCGUUCGUCAUCCCCGUGAUCGACUUUUCGGCAUUCGUGCGCGCGGAUGCCACGCCUGCCGAGCGCGAACGCACCUCGCACGAGCUCACGCAUGCGUUCAAAUCGUCUGGCUUCGCGUACCUCCGCAACCACGGCAUCGCGCGCGACCAGAUCGACGCGACCUUUGCCAUGUCGGCACGCUUCUUCGAGCUGCCCAUCGACAAGAAGGACGCGCUGGCAUGGAAGGAUCCGCGUUCCAACCGCGGCUACGUCGCCGAGGGCCGCGAGCGCGUCACCCAGGCCACGUCGGCGGAAGAGAUCGCCGCACUCCGCCAGCAGGCGCCCGACUACAAGGAGUCGCUCGAGAUCGGCAACGACCACGACGCCGUCUGGAAGAACGAAUGGCCGACCGAAUCGGACGUGCCUCGGUUCAAAGACACGAUGCUCGCGUUUCAGACGGCCGCACACGAGCUCCACCUCAAGGUCAUGCAGUCCAUCGCCAUCGGUCUCGGCCUCGCACCGGGCUUCUUCGAGGACAAGUGCAACGAGGAGUGGCACACGCUGCGUCUGCUCCACUAUCCCAGCGUGCGCGCAGACAAGCUCAAGGUAGACGGUUCGGCGCGCGCGGGAGAGCACAGCGACUACGGCUCCAUCACUUUGCUGUUUCAGGAUGGCGUCGGCGGGCUCGAGGCCAAGAACCCGCACACGGGCGUGUAUCAUGCAGCUGAUCCGAUUGAGGAUACGGUCGUGGUCAACGUGGGUGAUCUGCUCGCAAGAUGGUCGAAUGACCAGCUCAGGUCCACGCUGCAUAGGGUCAAGGCUCCACAGGCUGCCGAUCCCAACGCAGAGUUUACGCCCACGCGAUACUCGAUCGCCUUCUUCUGCAACCCCAACGAGAACCAGCUCAUCGAAUCGCUGCCUGUAUUUGGCUCCGACAGCCAGCGCAAGUACGAGCCCAUUAUGACCAAGGACUACCUCGCCAAGCGCCUGAGCGAGACGUAUGCAUAG